UGGAAGACCACAAAGGAGACAGUAAGAGGGUCUAAGAGAGUAAGGGGGCAUUGCUCUUGAAGGUUUUCCUCUCCCUUGCUAAGCUGGCACAGUUGAAUAGGAGAGAAGGCAGAGAUCUGGGAGAGAUGUCUAGAAGUUAGUAAAAAGAAUAAACUAGAAACCUGACCUCUUAUCUCUCUUGUCCUUUCACCUAAUAAUUCCCAACCAUUGAUCUCAUAAAAUAAGUUCAGUCUCUUCUCGCUUAUGUAUAGCUACCUCCCUCUCCCAGCCUCCACCCAGGUCCACUAUGGCCCUCCCUCCGUCUUUUUUCCUAUGAAGAUAGGGUAAAGUAUAUAAGAAGAGUCUCCUUCCUGACUGGAUGGCAGUGAAGAGCAGGUGGCCUUCCAGGGCAGCAGGAGAAGAGUGACACUGAGCUUCCAGAGCUACCUUCCUCAGAGACAAGAUGAAGAACUAAGGCUAACUAAGGGGUUAUGCAAUUUGUCCGGGGUCACCCAAAACUAAUAAGUGUCUGAGUCCAGAUUUGAACUCAUCUCUUCCUUACUCCAGGCCAGGAUGGUGCCUGGAUCUGAAUGGCUUUCUCACCAGCUGGGCCUGGGCGGGCUGAAAUCUGGAGUUCACUCGGUCAUGAUCUUGUUCUUCUUGGCACUUAGCACAUGGAUUCUGGCCCAGGUCCUAUUCUUUCUCAACAGAUACUACACCAACAUCCAACAACUUAGAUGCUUUCCCCAACCUCUCAUUUGGAACUGGUUUUUUGGCCACCUGGGCCUGAUGGACUUCACAGAGGAAAGUUUAAUUCGUAUUAUGGAGUAUGUGACUACUUUCAGGGAGGUCUUUCUCAUGUGGAUGGGCCCCUUCAGACCAGUGAUUGUACUAUGCCACUCUGACUACAUCCGGCCUCUUACUUCUGCAUCAGCUCAUAUUGCACCCAAGGAUAACUUUAUCUAUGGAUUCUUGAAGCCCUGGUUGGGGGAUGGACUGUUGCUGAGUGGAGGAGACAAAUGGAGUCGGCACCGACGCUUGCUGACCCCAGCUUUUCACUUUGACAUCCUCAAACCCUAUGUGAAGAUCUUCAACCAGUGUGCAGAUAUCAUGCAUGAGAAGUGGAAGCGUCUGUGUGCUGAGGAAAGCACCCAGCUGGACGUGUUUGAUCAUGUCAGUCUCAUGACCCUGGACACCUUGCAGAAAUGCAUCUUCAGUCAUAAUAGCAACUGUCAAGAGAAGCCAAGUAAAUACAUCUCCACCAUCCUGGAGCUGAGUGUCCUUUCAACAAAACGUAGCAAUCAGUUCUUUCUAUACUGGGAUAGUGUGUACUUCCUCACGAGCCAGGGAAGACGCUUCACUCAGGCCUGCCACCUCGUGCAUGACUUCACAGAUGCUGUUAUCAAGGCCCGGCAAAAAGUUCUUGCUGAACAAGGCGUUGAAGCCUUCCUCAAGGACAAGGGCAAAGGCAAGACCAUGGACUUCAUAGAUAUUCUGCUUCUGUCCAAGGAUGAAGAUGGGAAGCCUCUGUCAGACAAGGACAUUCGAGCAGAAGCUGACACCUUCAUGUUUGAAGGGCAUGAUACAACUGCAAGUGGCAUCUCUUGGGUCCUCUACAACCUAGCCCAACAUCAGGAAUACCAGGACCGCUGCCGCCAGGAGAUACAAGAGCUCAUGAAGGGCCGUGAAACAGAAGAGAUUGAAUGGAAUGAUCUAUCCCAGAUGCCCUUCCUGACCAUGUGUAUCAAAGAGAGUCUGCGGCUGCACCCACCAGUUCCUAUUACUUUCCGUCAAUGCACCAAGGAUAUCCAACUACCUGAUAGUCGAGUUAUUCCCAAAGGGAGUGUGUGCCUUAUCAGCAUCUUUGGAACCCACCACAAUCCGACUGUGUGGCCCAACCCUGAGGUCUAUGAUCCAUACCGCUUUGACACCAAUAAUCCCCAGAAGAUGUCACCCUUGGCAUUUAUGCCCUUCUCAGCUGGACCCAGGAAUUGCAUUGGCCAGAACUUUGCUAUGUCUGAGAUGAAGGUUGUGCUGGCCCUCACUUUGCUGAGAUUCCGUGUCUUCCCUCAUGGGAAUCCACCCCGGAGGAAAUCAGAGCUCGUCCUCCGAACAGAGAGUGGGCUGUGGCUGAAGGUGGAGCCAGUGCAGCAUUCUUCCAGUUCUGAGGCAGACCUCCGAGAAGCCUCCCAGAAUUGACAGAUGGGAAUUUUCUUUGGUCUUGGACAUGAAAAUCUGAUAUUUGCUUUCCCUUCUAAUCAACUCUGUCUUUGCUAUUAUUCUUCUAAAUAAAACCUACUUCUAGCAUUCA